CACGUUGCUAGGUAAAAUCGCCGCGCGUAAAAUCGCACAGGACAAACCCCCUGCGGAAUCUGGACCUAACACCACAUAUAUACGAGUGACAGUGGCGGUGACUAAAGCAUCGCCGGUCGCACUCGUUCAUUCGCGGUUCGACCAGUAUCGUAUCGUCGUAUAGUGGGUGCUCGUGAUCGAUCUCCCGUGUGAACUUCGUCUGUCACUCAUCGCGCUCGUGCACGCCGCAAUUACUGGAGGAUUUAAAUCGGAUUUCAAAUCUUCGAGCCGGCUCAGUCACGUUUCACAAUUGAAGUUACUCUCCAGUUUAGUUGCUAAGCGAGGUCCACAGUGGUCGAAAAAUUGUCACCUCGCGCGGCAAGGUAUAUACUUUUUCCGCGGUCAGCGAUACCUGUCAACACUCGCGCCACGCAUGAUUGCACAUCGGCGUUUCCGCGAUCCGUCUAGCUCGCGAAUCGCAUCCGCAGAUACCGGCACGUGCUUCACUGAUAAUCGUUUAUCGUGUCACGGUAACCCCGUUCCGCGCAGCUCGCGUGAUGUCAGUAAUUAUGUGAUUCGACUUCCGAUCGAGCAGCAGUCUUCGCGAAAGGUGUCGCGGUAUGGUUAAGGUCGGCAGAGGAGAAGAAAACUGUGAAGUGUCUUCGAGUUGAAUCAAUUACGGCGACUGGCAUUGGCGCACUCCGAAAAUGAAAUUCUUCUUGUCCUUAUUAACGAUCGCAUCCUUGGUGAACGCUCAUGGCGAACCUUGCCUCGAGUACGGAUGUCCAGGACGACCACAGUACGAGCCUUUUGUACCCGCACCUCCGGGGCACACUCCAAAUUGCGCAAAGCCAGGACAAACGUUCUGCGAAAGUCUCGAUCAUUAUCCUCGACAGUUGAUUAAAUUUCUCGUGGACAAAUGCAACUUUGACUUCAUUUCCGCACUAAGAGACGAGUCAAGAAAGGACUUCAAUGAUUACAGGUCGAUGCCGGAUUACUCGGAGGGUUAUGAUUACCCGGCGCAGAGGGAGGGUCAGUUUCACUCGUUACCAUUCUUGCCGCCGACACAAUAUCCCGUUCGAGGGCAUCCGCCGCUCGUUUAUGGUACCCCGUCGAACGAUACUCAGCAGAAUGGCUACAAGUACACGACGCCAACCCGGAGGGAUCCGUUUUUGAGCGACGAAACGAUACCAGUCAAGCUUCAUUCUACGGAACAACGAGUCACGUCCGAUCGUCCCUUUUACAUGUCUUUUGGACAGGAUCAAACGUGGUGGGCGAACAGAUACGUUAGAAGCAGUAAAGCACCACCACGCACGUUGUACGAAAAUCCGUUAUUGAAAUACAGUAAAUCGAAUAAGGAGCGCAAUAAGAGGCAGUCAAAUCCCGAUGCGAUCCCACUAUGUCCAACCGAGACGCAGUACAUCACUCCGAGGGCGGCUUUGAACAACCAAGGAAAUUGGAUGUACGUGGUGAAUCUUCAAGAUAAGAAUCGGAAGUAUUCGCAGGUAGUGAAGAGUGAGAAAUGCACGAUGAAUGUAUGCAACGGUAUCUGUUCCGUUCCUGCGGGAUACACCAGUAGAUGUCAGCAAAAGUUUGUCCAAAAGCGAUUGGUAGCGUUGGAAGGAAGCGGAAACCAGUUAUACACGGACGUUUUCUGGUUCCCUCAUGGUUGUGCCUGUGAAAUUAUCGCAAAUUAUUGAAAGAAUGUACCGACUGGAUCACAUAGUCUGAAAAAAAUUCCAUUUACGGCCAAACUCUGAUUGUUCGUGCUUGUUGACGAAAGAUGCUGCCUUCGCGAUAGAUUUUGAAAUUGAAAGAUCAUAAAAUCGUCGUGAUAACUAAUCGACGAAAGGAAUAGAAAAAAAAAAUGAAAAGAAUUUAUAGAAUAUAUUAACGAUUUUGAAGGAGAUUGAAAAAGCUUCAUUUUGCACGAAA